AUGGCCCCGAUCCGCGAGACCAUCCGGAAAGGUGCAAGCUACCUAGUAGGGGUCAUUAGCGAGAAGGCGCAGAUCCAGUACCAAGAGGUAUACCUGAAGCUCGAAACUCAUGCUCGCAUAUUUAAGCGAUCUAUCGAGAGGUCAACCCCCUGUAUUGUCGCAACAGGACUCAACAAAGUCCGCAACAGCUCCAAGCGUACAGAACUCCUGCCGCGGGUCAAGAAGCAGCAGAUCUACCUCACCAUGGCCACGGGUCGCAUUGAGAAGCCCAAGCGAGAUCCCCAUCCCCGAAAGUUAGACCCUCGAUGGUACGAUAUGGCCAUGAAGAGGAAGUCCGAAGAAAUGUGGUGCGAGCGCGAGAUGCGUCUCCGAGAGAGGCAGCGAAAGGACCUGACGGAACGCAAGCGACGACAACAAACACAACGUCGCGCUCCGAACGACCAACACUCCACCAAGCGCCUAGGUGGUAUCGAGAACACACAUUCUCAGUGGAAGCCACUGACUGUCCCACCGUCGCCAAAAACUUUCAGCAACUUACAGUACCCCGCCGAGUUCUACGAGAACCAAACCCCCGAGGAACGUAGAGCGUAUGUGCGUGAGAAGUUGACCAACGUCCUUGGCGAGGAAAAGAUGAGAGCGCCCAUCCUUCCUUCUGGCCACAACCCCAUGGAACCUGUCAUCGCCGAGUAUAACCAGUGCAUGGCCACAAUCGGCCUUCUCAACCAGUUUAAAGCUCAUCGGGCUGAGGCGCAGCGGCAGUAUAACGAGCAAAUGCGUCUAGCCCGUGAGGAGGAGGCCGCUCGACUCAACACAAAAGUUCUUCUUGAUUAUUACAAGAACGUCUACCAGGGCCGCAUCGACGUGCUUGCAUGGCAUACCGGCGAUAUGCUCUCAGGGAUCGAACGACUAGAAUAUCUAAUCCAGAACGGAGAGCUUUGGGAGGUGACGAAAGUCGUACAAGUACUCACCCACCAAGUCUUUGAACCCGUCAAGCGCCUACUAGAAGAGUUUGACGCCGACAUCCCGCUGGAUCCAGAGGGCGCCCAAAGGCUCAAGCAAGCCUGGCCGAUGGCUCGUCUACAGGCACUCUAUGACUUCCUACUGGGCAAAGCCAACGGAUUGGACCCGCAGACCGUUCGUAUGGCUCAGUGUAUUGAGGAAAUCCUUCGACGUCUUGACAACCCGAGCGUCAUCAACCCCCAGAAGAUCUCUGCUCUUAAAUCCGCAUCAUCUCUCACUGGCAUAGUCCCACCACCCGCAGAAGGAUGGUCCUUCCGUGGCCGAACCUCCACUUCCGGCAUCGACCCCGACGCCCCCCCGUCCUCCCUUCCCAACGCCGCCACCUCCGCACCCGCCGGAAGCGGUAUAUCCAAGCUCAUCACCGCAACGGCCGAGAACGUUGCCUUCAAAGCUGCCGGCCCCCAAAACCCCUGCAUAACCGUCGAGCCUGCCGACAGCGCUGCACGCAACCACGUCCUGCAAUACAUCAGCACCGACAACAUGGUGCUGCAAGCAGAGAUGGAAGACAUGUUCCGGCACGCCGAGCCAAAGAGCAGUCACCGCCGCGCCGUCACAGAGUGCAUUAAGGGCAUUGUGGAUGCUGCGAAUGGCGACGAGAAGAUACUGGGUACGAUGGAUGCGACGUAUUAUCGUGCGCAGAUUGAGCAGUGUGUGAAGAAGAUUGAUGCGCUUGCGAAGAGGUAUCGUGAGGUUAAGGAUACGAAGGCGCUUAGAAAGUUUUGUGGGCAGGCGCUGAAGAUUUGGGCAAUGCAUGGGUGA